CUUUCUCCUUCUGCAGACCACUGAACUCCCCCACUUGCCUCCUUUUCUAUUUCUUAAUUUAAUACAUCCCCACCUCUUCUUUUCCCUUUCCUAAUAAGCAAUACUAACAUAUUCUUUAUCUUUAUUCACUUCACCAUCUUCCUAUAAAAACCAAUAGAUCUCCACCUGCCACUCCCCACCAAAACAAACAACAUCCUCUUUCCUUCAAAACCCAUAAUUUUUUUUUCAAUUUUAGGGAUUACCCGUUUAAGGAUUUUGGAGAUUAAACGACAUGGCUAUAAAAAUUCGGGAAGUAUGGGCUGAUAAUCUUGAAUCAGAAUUUGAACUCAUUUCUACGGUGAUUGAUCAGUACCCUUUUAUAUCUAUGGAUACGGAGUUUCCCGGUGUUGUUUUCAAGCCUGCUGAAGUUUACCGUCGCCGGCGAAAUUUGCCGUCCGAUCAGUAUAAGUUAUUGAAGUCAAACGUUGACGUAUUGAAUCUUAUUCAGCUCGGUCUUACGUUAUCUGACGCUGAGGGUAAUUUACCUGAUUUGGGCUCCGGCGAAGGUCACCGGUACAUCUGGCAGUUCAACUUCUCUGAUUUUGAUGUGACCCGUGAUCUAUACGCGCCGGACUCUAUCGAGUUGCUCCGGCGACAGGGGAUUGAUUUCGAGAUGAACCGAGAAUGUGGGAUUGACUCGGCCCGGUUUGCAGAGUUUAUGAUGUCGUCCGGUUUGGUAUGUAAUGAUUCAGUAAGUUGGGUCACGUUUCACAGCGCGUACGAUUUUGGGUACCUUGUGAAGAUUCUCACGCGCCGGGAAUUGCCUGGUGGUUUAGAGGACUUUUUGGAAAUUCUUAGGGCGUUUUUUGGAAACAAAGUUUAUGAUGUGAAGCAUAUGAUGAGGUUCUGUAAUAGCCUCUAUGGUGGGUUAGACCGGGUUGCGAGUACAUUGGCUGUGGACCGGGCGGUCGGCAAAUGUCACCAGGCCGGUUCAGAUAGCUUGUUGACGUGGCAUGCAUUUCAGAAAAUGAGGGAUAUUUAUUUCGUAGAAGACGGGCCAGAAAAACACGCUGGAGUCUUGUAUGGAUUAGAAGCUUAUUAGGAGAAGGAAUUCACUAAUUGUAUAAUUGUUAGUAAAUAAAAGCUAUUUAAUUCAUUCUUUUUAAUUGAAACUUUGGUUCUGUGAAUUUAGUUUAAGUUUUAAUGGAAAAGGUUUAAUGAGUUAAACUCC